AUGGACCAGGCACGGCGUGCGCGUCGCAGCGCGUCCCUUCCUGACGACGCGUCUCCUCAGUGUGGCCCUGGCGUGCGGCUCAUGUGGCGUGCUCCCCCGCCGGACGAUGAUCUAGACGCGCUCCUUGCGAUGGAAGAAGAGGUCUUUUCGGCGGCGCCCCGACGCACAUCGCCGCUGCCGCCGCCGCCCUCGCCCCCUGCCUUGUUCUUUGGCUUCGAGGCUGAGACCGACACCGCGACUGAGCCUGCCAGGCCGUCGUCGCCUCCGACUGCCCCGAUACCCGAUACCAACGUAGCUGCCCCGCCUCCUACUGCGUCGACGUCCCUUCUUCCAGAACCGUGUGUCCUUGGUGUCCCAAAAUAUAUACCCGCCGAGCCCUUCUCGGCUGUACGUUGCGACGGCACGCCCAUCACGUUCUCACGCCGCCGACGAACUCGGGGAUGGCGACCUUCGACGUCCACAUCGAUGCAUCAUGCGCCGGCCUUGUCUGCUCCGCUGGAUGUGCUCAUGUCGAACGCACGUACGUCGCACGAGGCGAUGCCUGAGGCGCCGCGCACACGCCGCGCGCGUUCCCGCGACGCACGCAUGUGGGUGGACAAGUACCAGCCUCGUGUGUUUACCGAGCUGCUGGGCGAGGACCGUGUGCACCGUGAAGCUCUGCGUUGGCUCAAGGAAUGGGAUCCGUGCGUGUUUGGCCGUGCGCCUCCUCCAGCUCGGCCCAUGCGCGAUGGGUAUGAAGAACGUGCGCCGGAUCCGUAUGGCCGACCUCAUGAGCGAGCGCUAUUGUUAGCCGGUCCGCCUGGUCUUGGCAAAACGACCAUGGCGCAUAUCAUUGCGCAGCAUGCGGGCUACCGCGUCUUUGAGCUGAAUGCGAGCGAUGCACGCACGGCCCACGACGUCGAGACCAAGAUUCGAGCUGCGUUGGAGUCGGAUAGUUUGCGGGGCGAAGGCCGUCCGACAUUGGUCGUCAUUGAUGAAAUUGAUGGGGCGACAGGCGGUGGUGGUGAUGCGCUGGGCACGUCCGGGUUUGUUCGAGCGCUGUGUCGUCUUUUGGAGCGCGGCGCUGGCUCGAAGCCAAGCAAGGGACGCCGUGCGCCACGUCCCUUGCUUCGUCCGAUCAUCUGCGUGUGCAACGAUUUGUAUGCGCCUGCACUUCGGCCGCUGCGUGCGAUGGCACGGGUCUUGCGUCUUCACCGCCCGCCCACAGCGAUGCUCGCGAAGCGACUUCGUGAGAUCUGUGCGGCCGAGUCGCUCCCAGCCGACGCGCAGGGCCUCUCGCUGCUGUGUGAACUGACGCAGGGUGAUAUGCGUUCGUGCUUGCAUGCGCUGGAACUGCUUCAUCGCAAUGGCCAUCGCGUCGAAGCGGACACCAUCCGUGAUGCAUCGAUGGGCAUCAAGGAUAGCGUCGUGCCACUCCAGCGCAUCUGGGCGCAGCUGUUUCGCUCGGUGGACCGUAGUCGUGCGACCUCGGCGUCCUCGCCUAUGUAUGCACUGGUUCACGACAUGACGUCGUUGGGCGAGUACGAUCGAUUGAUGGCCGGGUGCUUCGAGCAUUAUUUGCGUGUACGUGUGCCUGAUCAGGGCUUUGCGCGCUACCUGCAAGCGCUCGAUUGGCUGCACUUUGCCCAGCGGGCCUCGCAGUAUGCGUGGGGCAGCGGCACAGGGACUGGCCCUGCGUUCGAGAUGCUGUCGUUUGUUCCGUGGGCGCUGGCGUCCUGGCAUGGCCUGUUUGCGCAUAUCGCCAACCCCCUGCCGGAGCAGCCGCCCAUGGUCGAGUACGAAAUGCGUAUGCGUACGCAGUCAAUGGCCGAGGUGGUGCAAGCCUUGCAGUCGUGCCUUCCCUCGCAUGCCGCGCCGUUCUAUAGCGAUCGUGUCCUGGCGCUGGAGCUGGGCCCGUUGCUCGUCUCGAUUCUCAGUCCCGAUAUCAAGAUCGCUGCGCAGACGGCGACACCUGACACGCAGGCGGCGCUGGGUGCGCUCGUCGAUACGAUGCUCCAGUACGGCCUGACGUUCCAGCCUGAUCGCACAGAGCAUGGCGUGUUGGUCCAGCGAUUGCAUCCAAGUCUCGAUGCGUUCGGGACGUGGAACGAGGGACGUACGUGCGAUAUCGGCCCGACACGGCAUGGCGUACGUGCCCUUGUCCAACGCACGCUUGAGCAGGAAGAUCGACGACGGCGUGGGACGACGUCCACCGCGCCGACGGCCACGCCCACCGCGGCAGCCGCGGCGCAUCCUGCUGCCUCGGCGACCCAGGCCCGCGACUUUUUCGGACGGCCCAUGGCGCUCCCUACCGCCUCGGCGAUGGCCAUCAACACACCUUCCGCGGAAGCGCCGCCUUCGCUUCGUGUGUUUUACCGCUACCAUGAGGGCUACUCCAACGCCGUCCGCAAAUCCAUCAAGUUGGCCGCAUUAUUAUAG